AGCCACAGCCAGGCAGGCAGGCGGUCGGGCAGCACGCAUGGCAUCAGCGGCAGUCGAGCGCGCGGUCGCGAGAGGAUGGUGUCUCGCCAUGAGCCAUGGUACGUUUAAGGUGACCCUCUCGAUGAAGAAGGAGCCGCACGGCAGCCCUGUCUACUGCAAGAUGGACGGGCAACGCUUCAAGCAGGCCAAGACGGUCAAACUGCACACGGACACUACCUACAGGAUAGACGUUUCCUUCAAACCACCCAGGAGUUUAGAGAAAAUUACCGUCCUGGGCCAGGACAUGGAGACCUGCGAGAGGUGGCGGGAUUCGACGGCGUCCGCCUACUCGGGCUACUACACCACCCAGGGCAUCAUUCCGUCGCGCAAGGGCCAUCGGGAAGACAUGCCCAUUGUCAUGCGGGUAAAGGAGACUGGCGAGCUGAGCACGUGUCUGCAGAUAAAAUUCUACCGUCAGGCGGACGUGCAGCACUGCGAGUGGGGCUCCCGGUUGCACUGCAUCGAGCUAGACUGCAGCGCCGCGGAGGGCUCGCUGUCAGUCACGGUGAACAAGCAGACCUUCCGGAAAGUGGGGACAGUGUGAACAUGGACAGCAUCCCGUUCUUCAUCGCGCCGACCAGCCUGGUGGAGGAGGAGGCCGAGGAUCUGCUGGACCAGAACGACUUGUGAUACUCACGCAACUCAACACUCGACUGAACCGCCAAAGACGAGGGCACAAUCACGCCGGCACAAUCGCAACUUUCGCUCCUAAAUAAAAAUACAACUUAAUUCUUCUUCAACUGCUGUGUAAAUAAUACCAGACGAACUGUUUAACUAUAAUAUUAUAUAAAAUAAUAAUACACACUGAAUACUUGUUAUGUAAUUGCUCGUUUGUUGAGGAUCUGUUGUUGAACGCGCGCUGUAUCUUGUCCGAUGAAUUUCUCAGUUGUCUGUUAAUACAUACACCAGCCUUCUCUCAACCCCCACGAUGCCUUAUUUCCGCCCUCUUUCGCUCCCACACGUACACACACCGGGCUUUGCACGUCUUUAUAUCAUAAAAAAAUACCAGAGAAAGCGAAGAUCGAAGAAGAAGAUCCCUGACCUGGCCGCACCGUCUCAUAACUUUGCCGCGUGGUGACGUAAAAGUCUUUCCCCGUGCAGAAGGCUGAGAGAGCCAAGCUUAUGACACACGUUAGAUGCACCAAGCACGUACAUACAGACUUGGCAGUGACGCAGAGAGCGGGGAAAUAAGGACAUUCACUUCUAAACGAAUGCUUCUUCUCCUUCAAGAGGAACACCUGCAGCUUGUGUUUCGCGAGAAUCACACAAAAAGUUCUGCUUUUGAUAAACAUUAAUGUCAAUCGACAACUUUUACUAAUAGGGCUGCGCGUUUAAAUUUUUCAAUUGUUUUUCUGGUAAGUGUUACGAAAUAAUAAAAGAACUUGAAAUGCGCAAUUUCGAGCAGCUUAAGCCCACGUCAAAAUCGUUGAAUAUGGUUGUUUUGAAUCAAAACUAAAUCUUAAAAUUCAUUUUGAACCUGAUGAAAUUGUCCCUGAUCUAAUUUUAACUGUAGUAUAUUUGAGGAAAUGACAAGACUUGCUAAGUUCAACAAAAAAUUGACAGUUUUUUUAAUCAAAUUCAAAAUAGAAGAAAAUUAUUUUCAUCCACAGAGUUUCAGGAUUCUUGGAAUAAUUGAAUCCUCUAUAACAAUUAAAUAUUUAAGAACCAUCUUAAUUUUUACUGGAAUUUCCUAUUUAUUAUUUGAUCUAGUAAAGAAUAAGGUGAAAAUCGUGAGACUAUGACGGUCAGAUAUUAGAUUCUUAAAUGAAUACAAAAUAUUAACUGGAUCCAUUAAAAUUUGACUGAAAAGUUUUUCAAAACUUUUUAUUGCAAUUCUAGAAAAGUUUCACUUUCAAAUAUGUAUAUCUUGCCAAAUUGUUCGGAUAAUAAAUUAUAAAAUUUGCCCAUCAAAGUAAACUAAAACAAACCAUUUCAAUGAAAAGACAUCUAGAAUCAUUUUUAAGAGUAAAUAUUUAGUUAAACAUAUUAGAAAACGCGCAGCCCUAAUUAUUACCCUAGCUUAAAUGUCUGGAGACCGGUUGAGUAUCACAAAGGAAACUGUACAUACAGUAGAGAGCAAAUGCUCUCCUUGCAUCAAAUGUAUCAAGGUGGAAGCAGCAAACGCGUAAACUAUUUAAUACUAAUCAAAACAUAUAAUGCGCUCCGCCAUUUGCUAAAGGUUUUGAGCUUUAACAGCACCUCUUGCUUCAAAAUUGAAAAUGACCAUUUAAAAUUAAUGAGAAAACUAACUUUAGGUACACACGGUAUCGUGUUUCAAUUUUUCCUCCGAUUAAAUUAGACCUUUUAAACGAAUAUCACUAAUCAAAGUAGUGCCUAAAGCUAGAUUUUAAUCUAUUGGAACAUUCACGACUUCACAUAAAAACGAAACAUCAGUGCUUCCAUCAUUUCUCCAAAGCUAUGAGUUGAUGUUACUUGCGGAAUAAUCGCACGAGCGCGCGUUUGUGUUUGUACGUUUUAUUGUUAAUUUCCAUCUCCAGGGAUGCGAUAUCUCGCAAUAUUGUACAGGAUAGGAUAUAGCAUCCAAUUUAUUACAGAAAGGGUGAUUCUGAUCUUGCUCGUCUAUUCUCUAAGGAGAUCACGGGGAGCGGCGGCGGCCGUGGCCCGCACUCCGGCCGACCGACCGACCCACCGACCGCCCGCAAAUGCACAAACUGCACAUUAAUAACGAAACGACUUUUACCGCUCACAUAAAAAGUUAGUUUACUCGUACUUCGGAGCCCUUUAAAUUUACUGCCGACCGCUUCUCUCUUCUCUUUCAUUUUCCCAGACAUCUUUUCCAGUAAGCUUAAAGGCAUGGUGCAAUUACGGAAAGUUUUACCGCUGCGCGCAUCACCGUAAAUGCAGCUUUAAUUGAACGCGCGCAUGCAAAGCGAUUUUCCAUCCAGCAGCAGGUUUUGGAGUUGGAGCUCAAUGCGUGGUCGAUCAUUGCUUAUAGCUGUGAAAUUUAGACGUUGAAUUUUAUUAUUUCGUGCUUCCCGUCAUUUUGGAGAUAAUUAGAAGCAGUAUUUAACACCCAUGUACGAAUCUAAAACUCCCAAAACGGCUAUAAAAUCAUCCAUGUUUACAAAGAAUUUUUCAGGAUCUAAGAACCGAUUUAAUCUGCAUAAAGACAGAAAUAUCAAAUUGCUAAUUUAUUCCUUAAACUUUUUCCAUUUGAAUUUUUGCUAUUGAUUAAUAUUAAUAGAAACAUAAAAACGUUUUCUGUUUACAAAGAGAGCAAUGCUCUGACUCUUCUGACACAAAUUUAUAAGGACAGAGCUACUGCGAAAAUCAUUCUUGAUACUUGAAUUCCUAAAUUCCUUUGCACGUCGUUUGAAAAAAUAAGCACAAAAAGCAUUUUCCUCUUGACUCUGGGUUCAAAUUACAAUAUUUAUUUAAUCAUCUUAAUUUUUAUAUCAUGUAAAAUAUAAAUACUAACAACAAUUUCUUUUUAAGUUAAUGAAUACUGUCGGGUAGUUUUAAUUUGCAUUAUUUUUUAAUGAUUUUGAGUUCAGAAAAGAACUUUUUAUUUCAAUAGUGAUUUAUUUCAUAAUUAAUUACGCAUUUUUUCCCACUAUUUCAGAUGUAAUAAUAUUAACUUAAUCUGAUCAUUCUGGCUCCAUUUUUAAGCUAUUUGCUUAUUUAUUAUUAAUGUUUUCCAAUCGCUAUUUUAUCAGUAUUUUUUUAACGUUUUAUAGUUUCCCAUGAGCAAAUAUACGUAAAACAAAUUUGACAGUGAAAAUCACAUUCCCUUUGAAAAUCGGAAUGAAAUCCAUUAUCCUUGUUUAUUUUAUAAAAUCACUCUAAAACGUUACGUAUUGGAUAAUUUGGCUUCAGACUGGACACGACGCUUAAAUUAUUCAAGCAGAUUAAAAGAUUAACUUUGUUAAUGGAUGGUUCACAUUGAGGCGGUAGCGACUGUUUGAGCGAUCGAGCGGCUGGAAAUUUAUUACGUAUGGAAUUAUAUGAUAUUUUGUUCAUUUGAGAAAUUAAAAAUUGAGGUUUGAGGUUG